AUGGCGGAUCCGAUACCGGCGCCACCAAGGUCCGCCACGGACCUCUUUUCGGAUCCCCUGGACGCCCACCCGCUGUGGUUCAAACCGGCGUCGUUCCUUUCCCCGGACUUCGAUUCUGAAUCCUACAUUUCGGAGCUUCGCACUUUUGUCCCCUUCGACACGCUCCGUUCCGAGCUCAACAACUACCUCUCUUCCCUAAACCACGAACUCAUUGACCUUAUCAACCGCGACUACGCCGAUUUCGUCAAUCUCAGCACCAAACUCGUCGACGUAGACGCCGUUGUGGUGCGAAUGCGGGCCCCGCUCGUCGAGCUCCGGGCGAAGAUCGAGCAGUUCAGAGAAUCCGUCGAGGUUUCGCUUGUUUCCAUUAAGAACCGCCUGAACCAAAGAUCUGAGACCGCAUCCGCUAGAGAGACGCUGGAGCUUCUCCUUGAUACGUUCCACGUCGUUUCUAAGGUUGAGAAGCUAAUAAAAGAGCUGCCUAGUGUACCCACGGAUUGGUCAAAUGGAGAUGUAAAUUUGUCAGAGAGGAAUUACUUGAGCAAUGGAGUUUCUGUGCAGCAGGUUGAGAAUGAGACGAGUAUCAGAGAGACUCAAAGCAUGCUGUUGGAAAGAAUUGCCAGUGAGAUGAACAGGCUAAAGUUCUAUGUUACACAUGCAAAGAACCUUCCUUUUAUUGAGAAUAUGGAGAAGAGGAUUCAAAAUGCUAGCCUAACAGUAGAUGCAAGCUUGGGACACUGCUUUGUAAAUGGCUUAGAGCAUCGGGAUGCCACUGCAAUUUACAAUUGCUUACGUGCAUAUGCUGCCAUAGAUAACACCAAGAAUGCAGAAGAAAUCUUUCGAAUUACUGUUGUGGCUCCAUUGAUACAGAAGAUAAUUCCACAUGGGUCAUCAGCUGUGGUGGCUGGAUCAUCUGGGGAUGCCCUUGCAAAUGAUUAUCUACUAAUUAAGGAAUGCAUUGAUAAAGACUGUAAAUUUUUAUUGGAAAUUUCUUCUGCUGAAAAUUCAGGUUUGCAUGUCUUCGACUUCUUAGCCAAUUCAAUCCUUAAAGAGGUUCUCUUUGCAAUUCAGAAGGGAAAACCAGGUGCAUUUUCUCCCGGAAGACCAACAGAGUUCUUGAAAAAUUACAAAUCAAGCUUAGACUUCUUGGCUUAUCUAGAAGGCUACUGUCCAUCCCGAUCAGCUGUUGCUAAAUUUCGAUCUGAGGCAACUUAUACCGAAUUCAUGAAGCAAUGGAAUAUUGGAGUAUAUUUUUCUUUGAGAUUUCAGGAAAUAGCAGGAUCUCUAGAUUCUGUGCUUAUGACAUCCAGUCUUGUCCCUGUUCAACAUUCAGACACCGGUGAAAAAAAUUACCAAGGUUUAACAUUAAAGCAAAGUGCUACUCUGUUGGAGAGUUUGAGAUCAUGCUGGAGAGAAGAUGUUCUUGUCCUUUCUUGUUCUGACAGAUUCCUUCGGCUAUCCUUGCAGCUUCUUUCUAGGUACUCAAGUUGGUUGUCAUCUGGACUGACUGCACGCAAAAACCACAACACAAGCACUGGCUCUGGGUGUGAGUGGGCUGUUUCAGCUGUCAUAGAUGACUUCAUUUUUGUUAUCCAUGAUAUACGAUAUUUGGAGGACCAGGUUCGUGGUGAUUACCUACAACACGUGCUUCAGCUUUUGUCUUCAUGCUCCCCUGAUGUUCUGGAAUCAAUAAGGCAGAGCAUUUUACUGGGUGGUCAAUCAUUAAAAUCUAUUGAACCUUUAGUCAUCAAGGUAGUGGUGGAGUCACUAGUGGAAAAGUCAGUUGAGGACUUGAGACAAAUGAAGGGGAUAACAGCAACCUAUAGGAUGACUAAUAAACCUCUACCUGUUAGGCAUUCACCAUAUGUUUCAGGGGUAUUGCGUCCCCUUAAGGCUUUUUUGGAUGGGGAGAGAGCUACAAGAUAUUUAGCCAGUGACACUAGGAAUGAAAUACUCCUUUCUGCCGCAACUGAGAUUACUGAUCGUUAUUAUGAAUUAGCUGCUGACCUUGUUAGUGUGGCAAGAAAGACAGAGUCUUCACUCCAGAAAAUUAGGCAGAGUGCACAAAGACGAGCUGGAGCAAGUUCAGAUAUCUCAGACAAUAAUGUGUCUGACACAGAUAAAAUCUGUAUGCAGUUGUUCCUUGAUAUUCAGGAGUAUGCCCGUAACCUCUCUGCACUUGGGGUUGAAGCUGUCAACAUUGCAUCCUACCGUUCAUUAUGGCAAUGUGUGGCUCCGGCAGAUAGGCAAAACACAAUUAAUCUCUAA